UAGUCUGCAUUAAAAAGCCUGACAGUAGAAGUGUGAGAUCCAGUGUGACUGAGGACUGAGCUGUGUGACAGGGACUUGUGUCUUUCUGAGGAAUAAAGAACUGGAGAACACUACACUGAGGUCAGCUUUAUUUUAGAGAUGGAGCUGCGGAGCUACCAGUGGGAAGUCAUUACUCCAGCUUUGGAGGGCAAGAAUGUCAUCAUCUGGCUCCCAACAGGGGCUGGAAAAACGAGAGCAGCCAUGUACGUUGCAAUGAGGCACCUGCAAAUAGUACCCAAUGCCAAAGUAGCCCUGAUUGUGAACAAGGUGCAUCUUGUACAACAGCAUUACAGAAAGGAGUUUCAUCCGCACCUUAAGGACAAGUACAAAAUUAUUCCCAUAAGUGGUGAUACAGAUGAGAAGGGCUUCUUUGCACGUGUUGUAAAAGAAAAUGAUGUUGUCAUCUGUACGGCUCAAAUCCUGUACAAUUCUCUCCAGAACCCGAGUGAAGAAAAGCAUGUGGAAUUAACAGAUCUCACUUUGCUAAUAAUAGACGAGUGCCACCACACUCACAAAGAUGGCAUUUAUAAUAAGGUGAUGCAGAUCUAUCUUAAGAAAAAGCUGAAACAUGAAAGGAAUCUCCCGCAAAUACUGGGACUUACUGCAUCCCCUGGGACUGGUGGAGCUAGCAGCUUUGAGGAUGCUGUGGAUCACAUUUUACAGAUUUGUGCUAAUCUGGACACGUGGAAGAUAAUGUCAACCAAGGUCAACAUCAAAGAUCUAGAAAGUAAAGCCAGGCAGCCUGUCAAACAAUAUGACUUAGUGCCAGGAAGGGCUGUGGAUCCCUUUGGGGAUAAGCUGAAGUCACUCAUGGAAAUCAUACAUGAAUAUCUUGGUGAAAAUGACAUUAUUACACCUGACUUUGGCACUCAGACAUAUGAACAGAAAGUGGUUGAAAUGGAGAAGGAAGGAGCAGUAAAUGCGGACAGAAAGAAAAGGACAUGUGCUGUGCACCUUCGUAAAUACAAUGAUGCCCUCUUUAUUCAUGACACUGUCAGAAUGCAGGAUGCCUAUGAAUUUCUGGAUACGUUCUACAUUGAAGAAAAGUUCAUCAGGGCAUCAGACGACCCCACUGAUGUCUUUCUCUGUCAGUUAUUCAAUGAUAACAAUGGCCACCUGCUAGAACUGAGCAGAGACCAGAACAAUGAAAAUCCCAAGCUAAAGAGGCUUGAAGAGAUUCUCAAGGAGCACUUCCAGUCCUCGCAGGGUUCCCGCGGGAUCAUCUUCACUCGCACUCGGCAAAGUACCCACUCCCUGCACAACUGGAUCACUAGCAAUUCCACUCUCAAAGAGCUGAAAAUAAAGAGUGCGGCACUAACUGGAGCUGGCUUCAGCAAUCAGACCAAGCACAUGACACAGAAUCAGCAACAGGAUGUCAUUAAAAAUUUUGAUAAAGGCUCGCUAAAUCUGCUAAUUUCGACCAGCAUUGGGGAGGAGGGACUUGAUAUCCCAGAAUGUAAUAUUGUUGUACGUUAUGGUCUCAUGACUAACGAAAUAGCAAUGGUGCAGGCUAGAGGCAGAGCUCGGGCUGAGGACAGUUGUUAUUCAUUUCUGGCCAAAUCCGGAGGAAAGGAGAGCCGAAGAGAGAGGACCAAUGAAUUCUUGGAGGAUCUGAUGAAAAGGGCUAUUGAGCAUGUGCAGAAUCUACCCGAGAGGGAAUAUAAUGAAAAGAUUUUGGACCUGCAGUUAUCAUCUGUUGUUGAACGUCAGGUGAAACAUGCUAAGGUGGAACAGAAAAAGAGGUUCAAUCCUCAAGAUGUUCGAUUUGACUGCAGGAACUGUGCCAUUGCAGUUGGGUACGGGAGUGAUUUUCGGGUUGUGGAAGGCAUUCAUCAUGUCAACAUUAACCCCGCCUUUAAAGUCUAUUAUGAAGAAUUUACUCCACCUAUUAAUCUGGGAAAGAAGAUGGAUGAAUGGGUCCCCGGAGGAGCCAUCAGAUGCAAGUUUUGUCAGGGGAACUGGGGCAGUAUUAUAAUCUACAAAGCAGUGCCUCUUCCAGUUGUCGGCAUCAAGAAUUUUGUAAUCGAAACUCCUGAGGAGCGUACACCCUACAAACAAUGGAAGGAUGUGCCUUUUCCAAUAGAUCUGUUUAAUUACACACAGUAUUGUGAAGAGAACAAUUUACUUAAGUAUGUUGAUGACGAUGAUGACUGAGAAUGAAGCAUUAUGGAUGAAGCUCUAGGUUUCUUAAAUGGACAACAUCAUAGCAAUACUAAAAAUGUCAGAGGACAUACUGGUGUGUUGGAAAAAAAACUGUUUUGUAUCAAACUUCUCUCUCUAUGCUUAUGCCCAAUAUAUAUAUAUUGUCAAUUUUUUUAUCAAAAGUGCUAAAUACCAUUGUAUCAACCAUGAACCUCUAUAAAUAAUGACAAGGUAUGGUAACAAAAAGAAAAAAGUCUGUACCUGGAGAAAGGAUACCAAAAGCAAAGGGGGGAGAACCAUGUCUCAUAAUCCAAUUUUUUGGGACCAAUGAUCUGGAUCUUCUUUUACGUUAAUAUUUUUGUUUUGCUGUAAAAAGUCCAUAGAAUAGGCAGAACUAAAAAUGAUAUCAACCCCUAGGAAAUUCACUGUCCCUUCCGUGAUUGUCUUAAAGUAGACCCGGACUGGAAGCUGUGCCCAAAAAAAAAAGCUAAAGGCCAAGGAUUAAAUACCAGUAUUCCUAGUUGGUUCUCUAAAGCUGAUAUUUUCCCCAGGACAGCCUCAACAUGCUUGAUCCACACUGUGAAUCUGUGUGGCAGCUGCCAUCUCUGUAGAGAUUCAUGGCUUUGCUUUAUCAUGUCAGAGAUGCUCCCUCUUCCCUGAUCACUCACAAUCUAAUGAAUGGUGUACUGAUGACUGGUGUAAGGAAAUAACAAGUAGUAGGAAAGGUGAAAGAGCCACAGAUCCACAGACAGCAGCAGCGCAAGAGGAGGAGACAUCAGUAGUAGGGUUGCCACCUUUUCAUCAAGCCAAACCCGAACACUUUAACAACAAUUUUUUUUUUUUUGCAGUUUACACUAUAGAAUUGUAAAAGACUUGGGACACCUUUCGGUGCCCCAAGAAGAGUAGUAUUGCAGCGCAUUUAGCGACCCGUGACGAUCAGUGGGUGUGGCCAAAUUGUGUUAAUAAUGGGAGAAGCUUAAGGAGUGUAGUUAAAUCAAACAAGGUCAGUAUGUCCCCCAGUACAAUCCUCCCAGGUCAGUCUGUACCCCAGUACAUGCCCCCCCAGGUCAGUCUGUCCCCAAGUAUAAUAACCCCAGGCCAGUCUGUCCCUCAGUAAAAUUCCCCCUAGGUCAGUCUGGCCCCCAGUAUAAUCCUCCAAGGCCAGUCUGUCCCCCAGUAUAAUUCCUCCAUGCCAGUCUGUACCACAAUUAAAGCGCCCCCACCAAUAUAAUUAACCACUUAAGGACCGGACCAAUGCUGCUAAAUGACCCAAGGGGUUUUUACAAUUCGGCACUGC